UCAUGACCUAAGCCAAAAUCAAGAGUCAGAUACUUAACAAAUGGCACCACCCAGGCACCGCUGAUUGCUUCUCUUUUGAGUUGUGUCUGAGCAGAGGGGCAAUUUCAAACUUUGAAGAGUAACAUAUCAUGAACCAAUGUGUCCUUCUGAAUUGUCUUUGAAAACAAAUCAGAAACUGCUCCUGCCUCUGUCGUGGAGCAGUCUUCCGGGCUCCCUCUGCAAAUGGGCUUUGUGGCCUAGUAUCCUGAUCCCUGCACCCAUGAUCAUGUUCUGAGGCCCAUGAGGGGUUACUGCCAAGGUUUCCACCAGCCCACAAGCGACUGCAUGGCAGCCAUCUCCUCCAGCAGCUCACUUGUGGCUACCUAUUACCAGUGUGUCCUGGGUUCCACUUCUGGUAACAGCUCCUGUGAAAGUGCAGCCAUCCCUCGCCUCCCUGGUCUCGCCAAGGCUGACUCGGGUUAUUGGUGGGCAAGGUUCUUUUUUGGGAAGUCCACUCUCCCAUUCAUGGCUAUAGUGUUGGAGUCUCCAGAAGGCUCAGAAUCUCCUCAGGCCUCCAGUAGCAUGAUCACCUGUGACUCGGCUCUGGAAGCCUUGAGGAAGCAGCAUGGUGGCCAGCCUGGAAAAGCCAACACUGGGCCCCAAUCCUGAGUAGCCAUACCAGCCACCAGCCUCAUUGAGAAGGUGCUAGGCUCAUCAGAGCUCUUCUCCUCCCCUCCCAUAAACUAGGCAGUCUACAGCAAGCAGAAGCAGUGGGUUCUUUUAUAUCAAAACAGCAAAACACCAAAAGGGAAAUUGAGAGAACCUUGCUGUUUACUGUCCAAGCCACACUCAAGCCUUCCUGACACCCUGUAACCAUGUGCCUUGAACCAAGUAGAAAACAAACUCCAAGCAGCCAGUAAAAAAUAAAUCAACAUUACAUUGUAUGUAAGAAGGUGAUUCUU